AGGGUAUCAAAUACAGUUUUCCUCGGAUUGUUAAGUAUUUUUAGCCGACAAAAACCCACUACGGGUUUAACCUGUAGCGUAAGCAUUCAACACUCGUUGCCUUGCUAAGCAGGAAAACUGUUUUGUUACACUGAAUCCAAUUCUCACCAUCUCAAUCAUCACCGAUUUUCUUUUCUUCUUCUCGACUGUGUAUCCUCACACCAUCGCAUCAACACCGCGUGCGUGUGGUCCUUUCACCGCUCUCAAAUGGAGCAUUUACUUCUAUCAGCUCGAGCCCUGCGUUCGCGUUUCCGUUCACUUCCUUCUUUCCAAACCCUAAAUUCUCAAUUCUCACACCGCCUUCACUCUUCCCCCUCUCCAAAAGUAGAAUCUGCAUCUGCGGGAUCCACCUUCUCUGGUGUUUCCAGCUCGAAAGUUUUGUGUGGGGAGUCGGGACGGAUGCUUCCUGCUGUUUUGGCUGGUUUAUUUGGAAUUGGAAUGGUGGAAACUGCGUAUGCGGAUAAAGCUAAUGAAGAUGUGCAAGAGAUUGCUAAAAAAGAACGGGAGAGAAUUCAGAACUUGCUUACAACUAGGGGAAUUCGACAAGGUUCUUGUCCUCGCUUCAAUGUAGCUGUUAAAGGCCAGAAGGUCAGUAUAAAGUUUCAAGUUCCUCCUGGUUGUGAAAUUUCACAACUUAUUGCAAACCUUACUGCACAUCUUGGACUGAAAUCUGAAGGCCACGGCGGUGGUUCAGAUAUGAUUUUGCGUGCGUGGGACAGCACGGUUGCUUGGCAACUUACCCUUACUCAUCCAUCAAAGCAAAAGCAUAUUCAACAGAAUGAGCCGUCUUCAACAGAUACAAAUGCACAUGAUAGAGAUCUAUGUAUACUUAUAUUUCAUUCUCUCAUUGGCUCAGAUAAAAUUGAAAUUGAAUUUAUGAAGCAAGGGAACUUGAGUCCCGAAGAGCUUGAUGCUUUCAUAUCUGUUUUACAAUUAGCUGGUAACAAGUUGGUAGAAAGAAAUCCCGUGGAAAGAAAGCCAUGGGAAGAGAUCGAACAAGCACCAUCUGUAGAUAAAGCAAUUUCUAGUCUUGAGGCCAUGGGAGUAAGAACAUAUGGACUCAAUGAACCCAUAGGUACAUCAAACAAUGAAGUAUCAUGGGACAAUAUUGCUGGGUACGAGCAUCAAAAACGGGUAAUAGAAGAUACAAUACUAUUGGCUUUGCACAGUCCUGAAGUAUAUGAUGAUAUUGCUCGCGGGACUCGGCAUAAGUUUGAGUCUAACAGGCCUCGAGCUGUGCUGUUUGAAGGUCCACCAGGUACAGGGAAAACCUCUUGUGCCCGUGUUAUUGCCAAUCAAGCGGGUGUCCCUUUGCUUUAUGUUCCACUUGAGGUAGUGAUGUCUGAAUUCUAUGGUAAAAGUGAACGCCUUCUAGGGAAAGUGUUUUCACUAGCAAACAGUCUUCCCAAUGGCGCUAUUAUAUUUUUGGAUGAGAUUGAUUCUUUUGCUGCUGCUCGAGAUGGCGAAAUGCAUGAAGCUACGCGUAGAUUAUUGUCAGUAUUAUUGCGACAGAUAGAUGGCUUUGAGCAGGAUAAGAAAGUGGUUGUCAUUGCUGCCACAAAUAGAAAGGAAGACCUUGAUCCUGCAUUAAUUAGUCGGUUUGAUACUAUGAUCGCUUUUGGUUUACCUGAUCAUCAUAAUCGUCAGGAAAUAGCAUCCAAAUAUGCAAAGCACCUGUCAAAAACCGAACUUGAUGAACUUGCACGAGCUACAGAAGAUAUGGCUGGGAGAGAUAUUAGAGAUAUUUGUCUGCAAGCAGAACGAUCCUGGGCAUCAAAGAUUAUUCGGGGACAAGUAUCUAAAGAUGAAGAACAAACUAACCUUCCACCUUUGCAAGAAUACAUAGCUUGUGCAACACAUAGACGGGAUUCGCUGCUUAGUGCUGCUGCAAAUAGGAAGCCCCGACGUGCAUCCCGCAACAAGAUAAUAAAUGAGUAAGCGGAUGUUAUAAAAAACAAAAACAAAAUCACAGGGACCAGAAGUUACACAUUGGAGCUUCUAAAAAGCACAGUUAGAGCUCUAAACUCGCGGUGGUGCUGGUGGUUGUCGUGGUGGUGAUGCUGGCUAUCAUCCAACCCAACAUUCACCAAGACUUUAACCUCAUUUGGCAGUGCCCAAAGGCUUGAUUAUUAUUUUAUUCACAUCAAUAUAUUAAAUUUAUUUAUAUAAUAAUCUUCUAAUUUAAUUUUUUUAUUAGUUCAUUUAGACUAA